GUUCUCCUAUUGGACGGGCUGAGUGGUGACGUACGCGGAUGCGGAAGAGGGGUUGAGUCGGUGUGAAGCUGAGGCGUGCAGACAGAUCAGGGGAGAGAACAUAUAAUUGCUUGUGACUGUUAACUGUUUGGGUGCUGAUCUUGCCAUCGUCAUGAACGCUCUGUUGCUCACCCCUUUAUGGUGUCUCCUUGUUGUUUCCUUGCUUCCCUCCACUUUUGCUAAAGAGGGAAGUAAGAAAUUACAAAUUGGAGUGAAGAAGAGAGUGGAGAACUGCCCUAUGAAGUCUCGGAAAGGAGACACCCUUACCAUGCAUUACACAGGGAAGCUUGAGGACGGCACAGAGUUUGAUAGCAGCAUACCCAGAAAUCAACCAUUCACCUUUACACUGGGCGCUGGACAAGUCAUUAAAGGCUGGGACCAGGGUCUGUUAGGAAUGUGCGAGGGAGAAAAAAGGAAGCUGGUCAUUCCUUCAGAAUUGGGGUAUGGUGAUAGGGGAGCACACCCAAAGAUUCCAGGAGGAGCCACUCUGGUCUUCGAGGUGGAGUUGAUAACUAUUGAAAGACGAUCAGAUUUGUAGAUGGGGCAGAGUCUCAUUAAUGGGGAUAGGGUCCAGAUUCUGGGGGAUGGCAGUGUCUCACACUGUGAUGAAUAAACACAGACACAAAAA